GACCUCCGGUCCAGAAUGUUUUCUAAAGAAGAUGCCUGUCAGGAACUGAAAGCCCAAGUGGAGACCUACAGAGAGAACCACGCCAGAAAGUCCUCCCUCCUCGCCUCCCUGAGAGACAGGGUUGGGGAGCUGGAGGCAGAAGCAGUGGCCCGCGCCGCCGCGAAGGCCAGGACAGAGGCCACGGCCCGCACGGCGGCCAAGGAGAACCAGGAGCUGAGGACGCGGCUGGAGGAACUCGACGAGGAACUGCAAAAGUGUUUAAAGGAAAACGAAGACAGUGAGCGCCGAGUCUCAGAGACCUGCAGGGAACACGAGGAAUUUCGGGCUCAACUUUGUGACUGCUUAGAGCCCGACAAGAGGACUGAGAGGACAUCGGAUGAAGAUUUAAUUCUAAAGCUUAGGGAACUGUGCAAGGAAAAUGCACUGGUGAAAGGACAAAUUAUUACCCUCGAAGAGACCGUGCAUGUCCAUGAGAUAGAGGCAAAAGCCAGCCGAGAAACGAUCAUGAGGCUGGUUUCAGAAGUCAACAGAGAGCAGAAAAGAGCUGCCUCCUGCGCCGAGGAGAGGGACAGGCUGAACCAGGACUUGCUCAGUGCUGUCGAGGCAAAAGAAGCUCUUGAAAGGGAAGUUCAAAUCUUCCAAGAAAGGCUGCUUGCUGGCCAGCGAGCCUGGGAUGCCUCGAAGCAGGAGCUGAGCCUCCUGAAGACAGACUCUUGCGAGUUGGAGAAAAGGUUGAAGGCCAGCCUGGAUGCAGCCCUGGCCUCGCAAAGCCAGCACGCCUCCUUUAGGGAGAAAAUCGCAGCCCUCCUGGGGGGCAGCUCGCGCAUGAUUGGGUCCACAGAGGAGGCCGUUUUGGAGAAGAUUCGAGAAAUGGGCAGCCAGGAAGAAAGCCAGAAAAGGAUGGUCUCCCAGCUUGAAGCCCAAAUAGCUGAGCUUGCUGAGCAGUUGGAAAACGAGUGUGGGUCCCACCAGAAGGCUCUGCAGAGAGCCCAGAAGGCGGAAAACAAGUUGGAGGCUCUUCAGGGGCAGCUGGCACACCUGGAGGGGGAGCUGGUGUCUGGAGAUGUUUUGCGAGACAGCUUGAAUUUUGAGAAACAAAAGUAUCUUAAAUUUCUGGAUCAGCUCUCAGAGAAAAUGAAAUUGGACCAGAUGGCUGCUGAACUUGGCUUUGACAUGCGUCUGGAUGUAGUCUUAGCUCGCACUGAGCAGCUGGUGCGCCUCGAGAGCAACGCCGUCAUUGAAAACAAGACCAUUGCCCACAAUUUACAGAGAAAGCUCAAGACCCAGAAAGAAAGACUGGAGAGCAAAGAGCUGCACUUGAAUCUCCUGCGGCAGAAGAUAGCCCAGCUGGAGGAAGAGAGGCAGAUGCGGACGGCCCUGGCCGUGGAGAGGGACGAGGCCACUGUCACCAUACGGAAGCUGCAGAAGCAGGUGGCACGGCUGCAGAAGGAGCUGAGCGUGUGUCGAGAGGUGAACACCGAGCUCAAAGCCAGACUGGCCGACACCAAUGAGCUCAAGAUUAAAACUCUGGAACAGACCAAGGCCAUUGAAGACCUCAGAAAAUCCAGAGACAAACUGGAGAAGAUGAAGGAAAAGGCUGAGAAAGAGCUCAGGUCUGUCAGGUCAGAACUGGACACUACGGAGCACGAGGCCAAGGAGGACACGGAGAGGGCCAGGCACACGAUAGAAGCGGUGACCAGCGAAACGAAGGCGCUGAAGAAGUCUCUGGAAGAAGCAGAAAAGAGAGAAAAGCAGCUGGUGGACUUUAGGGAGGUGGUUUCCCAGAUGCUGGGCUUGAACAUGACCAGCCUUGCUCUUCCUGACUAUGAAAUCAUCAAAUGUCUUGAAAGACUGAUCCAUUCCCAUCGGCAUCACUUUGUCACCUGUGCCUGCCUCAAAGAUGUGACUACCGGGCAAGACAGGCACCUGCAAAGCCACUUAAAACUUCUUCAUUGA